UCUCCACCCUUAUGAUGAGGAACAGGCAAUGAUGUCUGCAGCAUCGAAAGGGCGCCAUUGCUAAGAAUAAUAUUUUUAUCAUCUGAAUGCAGCAUCUUGUAAACCACUCCCAUUAGUUUCUAGUAAGGGGUACAUUGUACCCCAAUCUACACUAUACAACGGAAUUAUUCUAAUCGUAGACUGGCUGUGCAGUUUGAGAGACGGUUGCUUACGCCAUGGAGCGUUGGAACCGCAGGCGGAAUGAGAUUGAAGCAAGAAAUUAGAGCGGUGGAAGCACCUAACUCUCUCAUACUACACAAUAAUACAACAAAUGAUUUAAAUGAUAUUUCAUUACGGCAAGUUGAGAAAGUGUCUCCUGAAACAUUAAGCCACAGGUAUCAAAAGGGAUGGAAUCAUCUGGAAGAGAGUCCAGAUGCCUUCCUCAACAACAACAACAAUCCAAUAGGUUUCAACGAAAACAACACCACCGAUGACACAAACGUGGCUUCCCUAUCAGAAGAUAUUGCUUCAUACGUGGAUGGCACUUAUAGAGCUAUGUCCUCAGAUGACAGUGAUUCCAGCUCAGACGAUGAAAGCAGCGCCAGUUUCAGCGACACCAGUCCUUUACUGGAUGUGAGUAGUCUGGGAAACAGCGAUGCCAGCUUUGACUCAGACAUGUCUGAAGACAGUAGUAGUAGCAGUAGCAGUAGCGGCUCAGAAAUGUUGGAUGGAUGCAAUAAUAUCAAUAAUAAUAAUGGCGAUGACGACGAAGAGGAAAUGGCGAGCGUGGGUGCACCAUCCAUGCAGUCUUCUUGGAUGUCCUUUUCUUCAGCUGCGUCGUCGCCUUCUUUAGCCGGACCAUCACGUGGUCAAGUGGUAUUACCUGAUGUUCUGCCUGUAGGAAAAAUAAUAAAAAGUGCUGAGGAGGAUCACGUUAUACCUAGCAGUGGGAGUUCAUUUGGAACUGUUGCCACUAGAAAUCUUGAAAUAACAUUCGAGAAAAGAAGGACCAAACAGGAGCCUGUCGUAUCUGGAAUCCCAAGCGACCGCUGUCUUGUGGAAAUAACAGCUCAGCCAGAUGUCCAAGUGGACAUAAGAGUUAAUCCUAUCACUUCCAGGCCUCGUAGAGAAAGCAAACCUAUAUCAAUAAAGAAAGGUAACACUUAUCCUCGUGAAGCAAGAAGUAGUAAAAGGUAUUUAAAAAAUCGAGAUAUCAGUGCGUGGAUUGUAAAUGAUUCUUUUGACGAACACUGCGAUGAUACCACCAAUAAAUACUGGACUCUUGGCGAUGGUAUUAGAUUGAAUAACUUCACUUUUGUGAAUGGAUACAAAACUUUAAGUCUGACUGAACUAGUAGAUUCUAACACCAACGAAGAGAAUAAAGUUGUCACCGAUUUCGAUGAUAAUUUACGCAACAGCUUGAGAGAUUCCUCCAACUCUAAAAAAGAGACAACCGUAGUAAAUUCGUAUCGAAACUUCGAAAGAAAUUAUUCUAAAUUACCAACGAAUUUACAUAUGUGUUGCAAAGACAAUUGGCGUCGUCAAAAAGAUACAAAUAAUUCUCCAAUACUACCAAAAACGCAAAAGGAACCCAAUAGCAAUAGUGCAACUGUAAAAGCAGCCGAAUCGUUUUCGCCAAAAAGUGUUCAAAAAACCAGAAAUGCUACCAAAGAAUCAAUAGAAAAACCCAAAAGUAUCGUACCCCUGAGAUUAACAAACACCGAUGAUAACUCUAACAAAUUAGUUCAAACUGAAAAACUACCACCAAAAAUGCCUGACGUUAGCCCGAAGGAAUCUGCGUAUUAUGUGUCUAAAAAGAAACCACCUGUGAAUAAAUUGCCCAAUGAUGAACUUUUUGAGGUUUAUACCAUGCCUCCAGCCUUCAAUCGUCACAGCUGGGCAGCUGUUAGCAGGCCAGGCUCAAAAGAUUAUGACUGGUACAGAAAAAGGAGAAAUGACAGGGAAGAAAUUCGAAGGAAACUUGCCAUGGGUUCAGACACAGAAGAAUACAUAUCGGAAAAACUCAGCCAGCAUCGUAAAAGUGGCGGUUCAUUUGAUAGACUACAAAAUAGUGGAAAUUUACAAAUUUGUUUUAUGAAUGAAGCAGCUAAAGACCAGGAUUUAUCCUAUCCUGAUGACGAAAGUGCCCCAGAAAAAAUUACUCCGGUGCUAGUGCCAAAAGCUCAAAAUCCUGUUUUGCCAUUGCCUUCUACUUCAUCUCCUAAAAAAGAUGUGAAUGUUGCUAAAUUACAAAACAAUGCUUCACCAGUAUCAGUAACAAAGAGACAAAGGCCUAAAUUUUUCUUCAAUAGACCACGUAGUUGGCAUGUAUCGAAACAAGAUCAAAAACCUUUUCCCGAAGAAGAUCUACUCACUAGACAUGUUCGUCUUCAAGCUGAAGCUCGUGAAGCUUUGGCACAAGCAAAAGAUAUGGCAAGGAUGCAAAUGGAAAUUGAAAGACAGAAAAAGAAAAAGAGCCCUAUUGCUGAUAUUGUUGGCUUACCUUUUCCUGAUGGGAAGAAUCUUUUAAGCCAUCAUGCAUUACUUGCUAUGAAUGUAGCUCAGCUUCAAGUUAUUGUAAAUGAUUUGCAUUCUCAAAUUGAAACUUUAAAUGAAGAUCUGGUGAAGUUUUUAUUAGAGCGUGAUGAUUUGCACAUGGAACAAGAUUCUAUGCUUGUAGAUAUUGAAGAUUUAACUAGAUACUUAGGUUUAAAGGGAAGUGGCAGUGUUAGUUCCUCAAGCUCUCAGGUUUCCGUAAAUAGUACUUCUGACAGUAAAAAGUAAGGGCUUCAAGUACUGAGUCCGUGAAAAGGUCACAGAGUAUUCAUCUGAAAUCGAAGAACCUCAUGUAGCCUCUUCAUCAGCUCCCUUUUUUUGGCACUAGUAGUGACAAUUGCAAGCAUGAAAGUUGAAUGAACAAAAAGUAAAUGGAAAUGAUACGCUACUUUCCUUAUUUUGUUUUGUUUUUCAAUAUACAUACCUCGUAGGUUCCCAACAUGAGCGUUGAAGAUUUCUAAGGGGGCUUUCUAGAUGAUUCGUAAAAACUCGCAAUUUCGAGUACACAUAUUAUUAUUCUCUCUUGUAUCGAAAAACCAAUACUUUUGCAAAAUAUUUAGCUUUGCAUAAAUUACAUAUUAUUAAAGCUGUUAUUAAUUCAGCAAUUUUACGGAGAAAAAUAUUAUUAAUCAAUUUUGUAGGGAAAGGAACUCUUAGCUUAUAAAAAUCACUUUUCAUUUAUUCAAGCUUAACGAAUUUUUAACGAAUUAUUUUAUCUAUGUAUAUUUUUUUUUAUCCAUCAGAAUGAAACAUUACAAUAGGUUUGUAGUUUUAAAUAUUUUGUUACAGAGUUAUUUUAUGCUCUACUUAAAAGCUUGCUGCAAAUAAUUAUCUUUUAUCUUAGAGCAACUAGAUAAAAGUAAAUGGAAAAGUGUAAAAAAAGUAAAUUCCUAUUCUAGUUGGGUAUAACUUUUUUAGUACAUUCAUAAAAAUGUACUAAAAAAGUUAAGAAAGAAAAUUAUUUGUCAGUAGGAAUUUGAUAAAUUAACGGUAUGAAAAGUGUGCUAUAUUGAAUAUAAAGAAUUUAAAAAGUUUACUUUCAUUGUUCAAUAAAUAUUCAAAAAUUAAUUUUUCAUAAGGAAAAGUUGGAAAAAAUAAAGUUUGUUUUGCAAAGUGGGUGGCAUGCCCAAAAAGGUUGGGAACCUAUACUUUACCUUUAUGUAAUAAUAUAUGUUCAUGUGCACUGUGAAAUUGAAAAGCUGAAGCUGUUUCAAAGUUUAUAUGCUGUGUUAAUUUACUUUUUGGCAGAAGUUUAUUUUUAGGCUACAUUCCAAUUCUAUGGAAUUUAUAUUUUAGGUUCAAAUUGAUGUUUUUGUUUAUUAUUUUUUGUAAAUAUAGUUUAAAUUCAUGCAUUUAUUGUGCCAUUAUUCUUAUUUUGUUAUUAUUUUAUGUAAGAAAUUUUAUCUAAGAAAUUCUUAAGAAAUUUUAUGUUAUAGUUUUAUCUAAAAAGUCUUCGAUUUGUUUGUGUUUAAAAAUAGUUCAAGAAGUAGAAAAGUAUUUAUUUAAAGAAAAAACAAUGUGCUAAUACUUACAUUUUAUUUGUUUCCACUAAUGUGAUAUGUAUAACUCUUUGUAAAGUGAGUUUUAAUGAGAUAAAGUUGUAUUUAUAAUUGCCUAUAUUUACAUGCUUUUGUUAGCCAGUUACUAUUGCAAGUUUAAAAUUAUUUUUGCUUACAAUAAUUUUUUUUUCUUUUUACUUUAUUAUGAAUAAUAAUUUUUUACUAUGCUCUCAAGUGUAAAAAAUUAAACUAUAUUUGUCUGUUAUGACGAUUAAGCUUUGAAUUUUACAGCUAUUUCACCUGUGGUCUUUUUUUAUUUCUACAUAUUGUGUGAAAUGUAUGUUUAUAAAAAAAAUUACUUUAUAAUUGGAAAGCUUUGUGGAAGAAUGUUUCAAGUGACUUUGAAAAAAAUUGAGAUUUCUCAGAGAAACAUCUGAUUUUAGACCUAUUUUAACUGUUCAUUAUACUUUAUUUUACUAAGUUUAAAAUUUUCACAGAUCUCGGUGGAUAAGGGUAUUAAUUUAUCUUUUAGAGUGCUUUGUUAGUUGAAGAAUGUUCCUAGUGCUUUUGGCUGCUAACAGCCAAUGAGUAGCCUUAGACAGGCUCUUUUGGGGAGUAUGAGUUUUGAGGAUUGACAAGAAAUAAAGCAAUGCCUAAUCUUUAUUUCCCAUUGUUGUCGUAUGUUCAAAGCUAAUUUACUCAAAAGUUUACAAAAAUGUCACUUAGAAUGUUCAUCUUCCCAGCUUUUCAAUAGUCUUAAAUGUUUCUGUUUAGAUUUCUGCUGAAUAGUAUUCUAGUUUAAUGGCAGCUUUUUUCAUAUGUUUACUUACAAAAUCAAGUUUCUUUUUUAAAAAAAACCUUGAUUAAUUUUAAUAAACAUUUAAUUGAUAAUUCUGUUUAAAAGGAGACAUUUUUCUGAUGAACAGAGUUUUAAAUCCAUUGAUUAUUAAGAAAUUAAAUCUAUAUUAUUUCCUUACUUUUAAAAAUCCAAAUUUUUUUGCUCAUGAGAAAAAUUUCGACAAUUAAUAUUAUAUAGGGUCUGUGAUGUGCAAUUCAUAAUAAUAUAGCGGUGAUCAAUACAAUCGCUAUUUAAAAUAUAUUUCAACAUAGAUUAUUAUUUUGAUAGAUUUGAGCAAUUCUUUUUAUAAAA